CAGCUAGCUUCAGCUAAUGACUUUUUUCUAGUUUUUCUGCUCUUGUACAUUGUCUUAAUGUUAGCAAUUAUUUCCCGACACAGAUAAUAUGCCCGGACAGAAGGAUCCAUGUCAAAAACAAGCAUGUGCAAUUCAAAAGUGUUUACAAGCAAAUAAAUACCUGGAGAUCAUGUGUGAGGAUGUCAUCAGGGAGAUGCGCCGCUGCUGCGAAACCCACGCGGCAAACUCCAUUUGCUGCUCGGGUUUCAAGAGUUCCGCGCCCACGGAGAGUAAAAAUAAUCCGUGAUUCUUCAAAGAGACUCUGAAGUGUAAAACAACUCAUUCAGUGCAGUUGAUUUGCACUAUUAUUUGUGGAUUUGCCAGUAGUCUUAACUGAUGCAACAUUAUUUAUUAAUAAAAAGGCUUUUUAUUGUCUUUCA